GCCAGCAUGGCGCGGAGCGGGAGGCUCCGGUCAGGAGCCGCGGCCAAGCUGAAGCGCUGGCGGAAGGGCCACAGUAGCGACUCCAACCCCGAGACCCGCCAGCAUCGUCUGGCUGCCCGCAGCCGCUUCUGCAGCCGGCCGGCGGAGAAAAGUAAUUUGACGGUGGAUGCAGUGAAGCUGCACAAUGAGCUGCAGUCGGGGUCCCUGCGUCUGGAGCGGGCGAGUGACAGCACUCAGUUCCGUAUGGAGGAGGACGGUGCUGAAGAGGCUGCCACGGAGAAGUCCUCCGGCACCUUCCUGAGUGGGCUGAGUGACUGCACUAACAUCACGUUCAGCAAGGUGCAGCGCUUCUGGGAAUCCAACUCUGCUGCUCACAAAGAGAUCUGUGCCGUGCUGGCGGCUGUGACAGAGGUGAUCCGCUCCCAGGGGGGCAAGGAGAGCGAGACUGAAUACUUUGCUGCACUGAUGACCACGCUGGAAGCAGUGGAGUCCCCCGAGUCAUUGUCUGCUGUUGCCUACCUGCUUAAUCUUGUCCUAAAGCGGGUCCCGAGCCCCGUUCUUAUUAAAAAGUUCUCAGAUGCCUCAAAAGCCUUCAUGAGUAUCGUGUCCUCACAGGCCUGCAGCAACUCCACCUCUGCCCUGCGAUGGGUUCUCUCUUGCCUGGCCACACUGCUACGGAAGCAAGACUUGGCAGCCUGGAGCUACCCUGUCACCCUGCAAGUCUAUCAUGGCUUGCUGAGCUUUUGUGUUCAUACCAAACCCAAGGUGCGGAAAGCAGCGCAGUAUGGCGUGUGUUCUGUCCUGAGGGGCAGCGAGUUCAUGUUUGGCGAUGCAGCCCCUGAGCAUCACCCUGCAGCACCCUCCACUGCCAAGUUCUGUGUGCAGGAGAUUGAAAAAGCUGGAGGUGCUAAGGAGGCCACCACCACCCUGCAUGUCCUUGCCCUGCUGCGGGAUGUGCUGCCUUGCUUCCCUGCAGCUGUGGUGAAGACCUGCUGUGAGACCUUGCUCCGAGUCAUGACCCUCAGCCAUGUGCUGGUGACAGCAUGUGCCAUGCAAGCUUUCCACAGCCUCUUCAGUGCCCAGACCAGUGUGGCCUGCCUGCCAGCUGAGCUCAAUGCCCAGAUCAUCACUGCUCUCUACGACUACGUGCCCAGCACGAGUGACCUGCAGCCACUGCUGACCUGGCUGUCCACCAUGGAACGGGCACACAUCAAUCUGGGCAGGCUGCAGAAGGACCUGUGCUGGGCUCACUUGCCCCGGCUCUUCUCUACUACCAUGAACUGCUUCCUCUCCCCACACUCCCAGGUGGUGUCAGCAGCAGCGCAGACCCUGGAGAUCCUCCUGACUGAGUGCAUUGCUCCCCACAUGGAGGACAUGGGCACUGUGUCCGCAUCUGCCCCAGCCCCUGCUGCCUACCUGUGCAAGAUGUUCAGAUCAGUGGAGGAAGGGCUGACAUACCGUUUCCACGCAGCAUGGGAUAAAGUUCUGCGAGUGUUGGAGAUCUUCUUCGAGACAUGUGGGAAGCAGUGCCAUCCCAUCAUGAGGAAGUGUCUCCAGUCCUUGUGCGACUUGCGUCUCUCCCCACACUUUCCCUAUAUGGCUGAAGUGGACCAGGCAGUGGGGGCUGCUGUGAGCACCAUGGGUCCCGAGGUACUUCUGGAAACUGUGCCCCUGGAGAUCAAUGGCAAGGAGGAGACGCUGGAUUUCCCCCGCAGCUGGCUCCUACCAGUGCUGCGGGACAACGUGCAGGGUGCACGGCUUGGCUUCUUCACCAGUUACUUCUUGCCUUUGGCGGCCACUCUGAAAAACAGAGCCCUGGAGUUUACCCAGGCUGGGAAGAGUGUAGAGGCCAAGAUCUAUGACACACUCCAGUGGCAGGUCUGGACUCUGCUGCCUGGCUUCUGCACCCGUCCCACAGAUGUGCUGGGGGCCUUCAAGGGGCUGGCCCGCACCCUAGGCAUGGCCAUCAGUGAGCGACCAGAUCUCCGCCCCACUGUGUGCCAGGCGUUGCGCACCCUCAUCCACAAAGGCUGCGAGACAGAUGCGGAGCGGACAGAAGUGGGUCGCUUUGCCAAAAAUUUCCUGCCCAUCCUGUUCAACGUGUAUAGCCAACCUGAGGAAAAUGGAGGCACAAGUGCUCAGCGCCGCUCUGUGCUAGACACUGUCCGUGCUUACCUGACCAUCACGGAUCCUCAGAUGGUGUGUGGAUUCUUGGAGAAAGCCAGUGAAAAGCUGACCAGUCCUGAGAGUUCUGAGUUCACCAGACUCUCCAUCCUGGACCUGGUAGUGGCAAUGGCACCCUAUGCUGAUGAGCAGUCCCUGGACUCCCUGUACCAUACCAUCCAGCCUUCCCUCCAGAGCAAAGAGCGCAGCAUGCAGAAGAAGGCGUAUCGUGUGCUGGAGGAGGUGUGUGCAGCUCCCCACGCCCCCUGCCAGGCCUUUGUCCGCUCCCACCUCCAGGACCUGCAGGCAGCGCUGCUGGACUCACUCAAGAGCGCAGCAUCCCCAGCUAAGAGGCCCCGGCUGAAAUGCCUGUUCCACAUUGUGAAGCAGCUAUCUGCAGAGCACGAGCCUUUUGUCACUGCCCUGGUCCCAGAGGUCAUCCUAUGCACCAAGGAGGUAUCAGUGGGGGCCCGCAAGAACGCCUUCAUGCUGCUCGUGGAGAUGGGACAUGCUUUCAUCCGCUUUGGACCCACCCCUGAAGAGGCUAUGCAGCGGUUCCUGCUCCUGAUCUACGUGGGGCUCACUGGCUCAGUCACCAUGAUCAGCUGCACCGUGUUGGCACUGACCCGCCUGUUUUUCGAGUUCAAAGAUCACCUGGAGUUCAGUGUGGUAGAGCAGCUCCUGCAGAACAUCUGCCUGUUGCUGGCCUCCCGCACACGGGAUGUAGUCAAGGCAGCCCUGGGAUUCCUGAAGGUCACACUGCUCCUGGUGGACACCAAGCUCCUGGCCAAGCAUGUCCAGACGAUGCUGGAGGCUGUGGGGAACCUUUCAGAUGACAUGAGACGCCACUUCCGUAUGAAGCUGCGAAACCUCUUCAUCAAGUUCAUCCGCAAGUUUGGCUUUGAGCUGGUGAAGGGGCUGCUGCCAGCCGAGUACCAUAAGGUGCUGGUGAACAUCCGCAAGGCAGAAUCCCGAAGCCGCAAGCAGCGUGCCCUGAAGAAGGCAGCUGCAGAUAUGGAUGAGGAGGAGGCACCACCACGACAGCCCAGAGGAGACAGUAUGGAGGAGAUCCUGGCUGACUCAGAGGAUGAGGAGGAGGAAGAGGAGGAACGGCAUCGGAGCAAGGAGUGGAGGAAGCAAGCACGGCAGAAGGGCCAGGCAUGGCUUAAGGAAGGGGAAAAUGAUGAGCCCCUCAAUUUCCUGGACCCCAAUGUGUCCCAGCGGGUGCUGGCCACCAAGCCAGGCCCCAAGCAGUCCAGAGGAGUGAGCCAUGAUUUCCAGAUGUCUGAGGAUGGACGUCUGAUCAUCCAUGAAGAGGAAGAGGAGCUGGAUGAUGAUGAAGCCAAAGGAGCAGACGAGGAGAUGGCAGAUGUGCUGCAAGAUGUGGGGCUCCGCAGUAAGAAGAGUCAGAAGCGUCGGUUCAGAGAGGAUCCAGAUGAUGAGGAAGCUGAGGCUGGAACGUAUUCUCAGUAUAAAGCUGGAGGCUCUGGGAUCCAUCGGCCCCUGAAGAAGGAGCCAGCCUUUGGUGCAGAGUAUAGAUCCAAGAAAGGUAAAGGUGACGUGAAGAAGAAAGGCCAACUCGACCCCUAUGCCUACAUCCCCCUGAACAGAGCUAAACUCAACAGAAGGAAGCGGGCGAAGAUGCAGGGCCAGUUCAAAGGGCUGAUGAAGGGAGCCCAGCGCGGGGCCAAGGCCGGCCGCAGGAACCGUCUGAAGUCCCAGCGCUCCUGAGAACACUCAGGUGCUCGACCUGUCCCUACCCAAGGACACAGCAUCGUGUUAGUGGAACAGCUGGGUGUCCUCUGGAAGGUGACCUCCGUUUGUUUGAGGCUCCCUGGGAAGCCACUUUGAUGUAUUAUGGACUGAUGGCCUUUCUGGAAAAAGAUGCUGGGUUGCCUGGUACAGGCAUGGGUGUGCGUGUGCGAGAGCAAGUAAUAUGUAAAGAAUUCUCUGUAUUGAUAAAUACUCUCUGUUCUUACCCA